AUGGCGCCAAAAUCAAGUAAUACGUCCAAGAAGAGCUCUUCAUUGAAUACAGAGUCUCAGAAACAAGCUAAAAUCAAAAUUCCAAAUGAGUUUAUUGCUAGACCGUUGAAUCUAAAGGGAAAUAACAGAGAUACUUCUGUUGCUCUAAUACAUCCACAUAUACUGAAAGCUCUGGAAAUUGCAUCUGGUUCUAUGUGUAUGAUUUCAAAGACAGGAGCUAAUGGUAUUGUAGUUCAAGCAAAAGCAGGUGAUGAAAAGGCACAUCCUUCAAAUGUUGUAAUGCUCUCAUCAGCCAUUAGAUCUGUAGGCAAUAUUAUACUGGGUGAUAGAUUAGAGAUUAGAAAACUUACAUGGCAACCACCAUAUGCUACAUCUAUCAACAUUAGUACUACGGGGGGUAUUGGAAUAAAUGAUUCGAUUGACAAGAAAGCUCUCGAAAAGCUUUUAGAUGACUGUGGUAUUGUGAUGCCCGGUAUGAUCUUCCAUGACUUUGAAUCAAGCGAAGAGGAGAAAGUUGACGUUAUUAUUACAAUGGUCGAAGAUGAUAAAUUGCCAGAUAUUUCGAAGGUUUCUUUAUCGGACGUAGAUACAGCUGAGCAACAGUUCCUGUCCCCAGCGGUAUUAUUCAGAAAAAAUGGAACAAAAAUAACGUUUACAUCAGAGAGGAGGGUCAACUCAAAGUAUAACCUACCUCAGCCACUGUUAUACGAAGCUGUCGGUGGAUUAUCUAAAGAAAUCGGAUUACUGAAAAGCACAAUAGAAUUGCCACUUCAUCAACCUACCUUGUUUAGCGAUUUUGGAGUUAGCCCGCCAAGAGGCAUCUUACUACAUGGCCCACCAGGUACCGGGAAGACGAUGCUGCUGAGAUGUGUAGCUAAUACUUCCAAUGCCCAUGUAUUGACUAUAAAUGGUCCAUCAAUUGUGUCAAAAUAUUUAGGAGAAACUGAAGCAGCAUUAAGAGAUAUAUUUAACGAAGCUAAAAAAUACCAACCAUCGAUUAUAUUCAUAGAUGAAAUCGACUCUCUCGCACCAAACAGAGCUAAUGAUGACUCAGGUGAAGUAGAAAGUAGAGUUGUUGCCACUCUAUUGACAUUAAUGGAUGGAAUGGGCGCUGCUGGGCGAUUAGUUGUAGUAGCUGCUACCAAUAGACCAAAUUCUGUUGAUCCAGCUUUGAGAAGACCAGGUAGGUUUGAUCAAGAGGUGGAAAUCGGUAUUCCUGACGCUGAAGCCAGACUAGAUAUUUUAUUAAAACAGUUCUCCAACAUGUCCUCUGAACGUCAUAGUUUAACUGAAGAUAAUAUCAAAACAAUUGCAUCCAAGACACAUGGUUAUGUUGGUGCAGACCUUUCUGCACUAUGUAGAGAAUCUGUCAUGAAAACUAUUCAGAGGGGACUAACUGAAGGAACCGCUAUGGACAAGACUUUGCUAAAAGUUACUAUGGAUGAUGUUGAAAAUGCAAUGUUGGAUAUUAGACCUAGUGCGAUGAGGGAAAUAUUUUUGGAGAUGCCAAAGGUGUAUUGGUCAGAUAUCGGUGGCCAACAUGAAUUAAAGAGGAAAAUGAAGGAAAUGAUCCAAUUACCUUUAGAAGCAUCAGAAACUUUUGCAGAACUAGGUGUCUCUGCGCCAAAGGGUGUCUUAUUAUAUGGACCACCAGGGUGCUCUAAAACCCUAACCGCUAAAGCUCUGGCCACAGAAUCUGGUAUCAACUUUUUUGCAGUAAAAGGUCCAGAAAUAUUCAGUAAAUAUGUGGGAGAAUCCGAACGUGCAAUUAGAGAAAUUUUCAGAAAAGCUCGUGCUGCAUCUCCUAGUAUCAUAUUUUUCGAUGAAAUCGAUGCUCUUUCACCUGACAGAGAUAGUGGCUCUACCUCUGCUGCUAGCCAUGUACUUACCUCUUUGCUGAAUGAAAUUGAUGGUGUUGAAGAGCUUAAAGGGGUUGUCAUAGUUGCCGCAACAAAUAGACCAGAUGAAAUCGAUCCCGCUCUAUUGAGACCAGGCAGACUAGAUAGACAUAUAUUUGUAGGGCCUCCUGACUAUGAAGCAAGAUUACAAAUUCUACAUAAGUGCACGAAGAAGUUCCAACUUGAAGGGUCAGACGUCAAUUUAGAGGACUUGGCAAGAAGGACCGAUGGUUGUUCAGGUGCUGAGAUUGUGUUAUUGUGUCAAGAAGCGGGUCUCGCGGCUAUCAUGGAGAAUUUACAGGCUAAAGAAGUUAGAGCUGCGCAUUUUGAAAAAGCCAUGGAAGGUAUCUCAAGAGGUAUUACUGAAGAUAUGCUCGAAUAUUACAAUAAUUUUGCAUCAAGAAGUGGGAUUUCAGCAUAG